GGUGUGCGGUGCCUCCUGCCUGGGAGCCGGAGGAGCCGCUGCUGCCCUUUGGGACCGGCACCGUCGGGAUCAAAAAUGUUCGGGCAGUGCAAGUAUUCAGAUCGUUGCUGGAGAGACCUGUUUGGAUUUGUUUAGAGUGGAAAGUGAAGGCUUCUGCGUUGGGAAGAAAUUCCUGUGACAGCAGCACAGGAUGGUCAGGCAGCCUGCUUGAGCCCAGAGCUCACCUGUGAACUUCUUGCUCUUGCUAUGUGAGAGAGUGUGUGGUGCCAAACCAGCCCCUUCCUGCCACACUGUUGGAGCUGCUCCCCAACAGGGAAGACCAGCAUCGACCUACCAUGCCUCACUCACUGCUUCAGCCAUACAGGUCACAGGUGAUGGGAUUUCUUGAGGAGUUUGACCAUUACUCUUCCCUGGCCAAACUCAUGUCCAUCUACCACACAACUAACAGGACCAUCUUCAACUGGACAGAGAGCCGCAUUGUCGAGUGGGAGAAAUUUGCUGAGCUGGCUAAAUAUGAGCCAGAAUCCCAGAAACCAACAGUGAAAGCGCUCCUAAUCGUGGCGUACUCAGUCAUCAUUGUCAUGUCUCUCUUUGGGAACAUGCUGGUGUGCCACGUGGUGCUGAAGAACAAGAGGAUGCACUCAGCCACCAGCCUCUUCAUCGUCAACCUGGCAGUGUCAGACAUCAUGAUCACACUGCUCAACACGCCUUUCACCUUGGUCCGGUUUGUGAACAGCACAUGGAUUUUUGGGAAGGCCAUGUGCCACAUCAGCCGCUUUGUGCAGUACUGCUCCCUCCACGUCUCCACGCUGACCCUGACGGCCAUCGCUCUCGACAGGCACCAGGUCAUCCUGAACCCGCUGAAGCAGAGGAUGUCCCUGACAAAGGGAGCUCUCAGCAUCUCUGUUAUCUGGCUGAUGGCAACCUGUUUCUCCCUGCCCCAUGCUGUCUAUCAAAAGCUUUUCCAGUACAACUACAGGGAAGCCACUGUCCGGAGUCUGUGCCUCCCUGAUUUCCCUGAGCCCGCAGAGUUGGUCUGGAAGUAUCUGGACCUGUCUACCUUUCUCCUUCUUUACCUCCUGCCUCUGCUGAUCAUCACCGUCACCUACAUGCGUCUGGCCAAGAAGCUGUGGCUCCGCAAUGCCAUCGGGGACAUCACCACGCAGCAGUAUGUCACCCACCACAGGAACAAGAAGAAGAGCAUCAAGAUGCUGAUGCUGGUGGUGGUGGUCUUUGCAGUCUGCUGGUUCCCCCUGAACUGCUACGUGGUGCUCAUCUCCAGUCUGGGCAUCAAGACCAAGAACUCGCUCUAUUUCGCCCUGCACUGGUUUGCCAUGAGCAGCACCUGCUACAACCCCUUCAUCUACUGCUGGCUGAACGAGAGCUUCCGCACGGAGCUGCGCUCCCUGCUCUGCAUCUGCCAGAAGGUGCCACAGGCUCGGGGCCAGGCGCUGCCAGCCAGGGCCGUGUCCUGCCGCGAGGCGUGGCUGGAACAGACCAGGUGCAGGAAGGGACCUGCCUCCCAGGCCAGCAGCUCCACCAGAAACCUCCCGACGGCCAACACGGACCUGUGAGCCACGGGGCUGAGGGGGGUUACCUGCUUGGGGAAGGCAUCAAAGGGCAUCUCCAGUCUCUCCUUAGGAGCCAGCAUUGCUGCGCUGCUGUUUCAUUGCUGACUUUUGGCUUGUCUUACUGUAGCCCCUCCUCUGCUUGGCAUGGUGGGCACACAGCCUCUCCAGCACUCCACCAGUAAAACCCAUGCUGCAGCUGGCCCAGAGCACAGGAAUAUGUACAGGGGACAUGGAGCUUCUCAGACAUGGUGAUUUGCUUUCAGGUUUUCCCAUUUAUUGCUAGCAGAGGGAGUGGACCCAGGUUUCUGUCACUGGCCUGAGCCCCUGGCCUGUAACAAGUGCCAUAACAUGGGGCUCUGCACAGCAGCAGAAACAAAUCUGUGAUGACAGGUGUUUGAAGGAAGGACUCGGACAUGCAGAGGAACUCCAUCCACAGGGAGUCUCACCAGUUAGUGUAUAGCAAAGCCUCCAACAGAGGUAAGGAUUUUAACAGCAAUUUUGCUCUCAGAUUCUGCUGCUCCUCCUGCCCUGUCUCUGUCCCACCCACAGCAGCUGGAAGCCAGCCCCAAGACAAGGGGAGCAGGGACCCACCCCAGGAGCCAUGGCUGUGGGCUCAGAUGGCACGAUGACAGAUUAAUCUAGUCCACUGAGAAGUUCUUCUUAUUAUAAAUAUAUUAAUUCAGUAAAGAGAGCUACACUGGCACUUUACAAAAGGCCACAAAAUAUUUCAUCAGGGCUGUAGCAUUCACUCACUGAAGAAUGGAAUCAUUCUGCAUUGUUACUAGUUGCUGUAAAAGUCUCAUUUAAACAACAGGAGGGCAAGACAGGGCUGGAAGGAAUGUCCUGUGAGGAGCAACCAAGGACUCUGGGGCUGUCUAGCUGGUGCAAACCAGGUGAUGAAUUUCUGUAGCCCAAGGGCAGCUGUGUCUGCUGGGGGGCUCCUGGUCUGUGCUGGCAAUAGCCCAGACAGAUCUUCUGCCCAAAGAGACACUGUGGGGGCCUGAGUGGCUUGAGGGAAUAAGAACAUACUCCCACCCCCUUCCUGGGGGAGGAUAAGCCAGACCAAAGAAGGGAAACUAAGGACUGAUUUAUUUUUAUUUUUUGUUAUUUUCCAUUUGUGCAGUGAGAAGGAAAAGGACAGAAAGGAGGGGGGUCCUUGCUUCAGGCCACUUGACCCCAGCUGGGCACCUUGGGUGUGCACUGUAAUGCCUGCACCAGAAGAAAACAGCAGAACACAAGGAGUGGCAACAGGAAUGGGUCAAUGCUUGGUCCCUGAGGCAUUUUGCUCGGAGCUCACAAUUAUUGAACAUAGGAAUUCAAAGCUGUCUGUGCUGGGUGCCAGCACUGUCCUCCCUCAGUGUACAGCAGGGUUUGUUUUCAGUCAAAAACCAUCAUUGUGAGUUUUUUCAAAAUGUUAAAAUCAUCUCUAAUUAAUAAGCAUCACCUCAUUGAAUUAUUAAGAGAAGCUAUCAUUUGCUUUUUUACUGUUCCUCACUCCUCACUAGCUUUUGGUGAGCAGCUCUCAAAUUGCCAUGUAUUGUCUUUAAUAUUUCUUAGGUUUGUUUUCCUUCCUUUCUUUCUUUAAAUGGCUGAAUAACCUUUUCCUGGAGGAAUCCAAGCCUUUACUCCAAAGAAGGGGUCUCUCCACACUCCCUUGAUCUUCUGCUAAUCUGGUAACUAACCCUGUAGUUAGCUAUCUCUUGCUGUCAGAAAGAACCUGGCUGGUUUUCCUUGGAUCUGUCAAUUGCAGCAUCUCCUCAUUGCUGAAUUUUUCUCCCCUAAAUGGGCAGGAUGUAAGAGCUGACUGUAUCGAAUCUCCGUAAUGGCUCAGCUAUCUGGACUGAUAAUUAUCAAUGCCUGAGUGAGAUUCAGAGCCUCACACGCUUCACCCAGUGCUUCAAGGCUCCUGUAUCACUUGAGGAUGCCCUGACUCCCAGCAGCACUCAGGCAAACAUGGAAUGCACAAUAUAUAUAUAUAUAUAUAUAUAUAUAUAUAUAAAAGUAUAACCUGAGCAUUGUUUGACCAGGGCAUGGCCAGUGCCUGGGGGGCAGGAGGCUGCAUCUCUGCUGGACUCCAAGCCAGGCUCUGGAAAUGGGAAUCUGUGAAGUUUGGCUUCUAACUCGGCACGUAAACAGAUGCUUAAACAUUCCUUACAAACAUUCCCCAAGCUGUCUCCAGUCCCGCAGCCGCCCACCUGUGGAAGUGGCUUCCUGAGGGGGAGCUCCUGGAGACCGAGGCUGUGCUGCCACUUCAGUUCGGUCCAAACCCAGGAGAGUGGGGUGGGAGAAUCCAGCAGGAAGCCUCUGCCAUGAGGAGACCUCUCCCUCUUCCCAUUGCAGACCGAAGCCUCACCCGGUGCCCCGGGCAGGCGAAGCCCCCCGGGAGGGAGAACCCCCAGGGACAGUUUCAGAUUAUUGAAACACUGAGUCACCGCAGGCCUACUCCCGGGAAACUAUUUGAGCACGCACAAAUCAGCGUGCAAAGAUCCAGCAAGACAUGUCUGAGUGAUUAACAGCCCGAAUUUAUUAAGAUUAGCUCAUGCCAAAUGCAGCAGAGUGCCUUCAGCAGAGUUGCUGAUGAAGACGAUAACGGGGAACACAGUGCAGGGAAUACCUGAAUUCCAGAGGCAAAUCCUCUUAUAUAGCCCCACCAUAUAAUGAACAAAGAAACCACAACAUGCCAACUAGAUUAACAAAAAGCUAGCAGAAAAAACCCCACAAUGAGUCAGAAAAUUAGCUCAGGAAGGAGAAACAGAAUACAAUUAUCAUCACUUAGCUCUUCAAGUGGAAAACAGCACGGAGGGGCUGGCCAAAGCAUGCUGCAGAAAUAGAGGGGAAUGUCCUCAGUUAAAUCCAGUUUAAGCCCUGGAAGUGGGGUGUAGGUGGGCCAGUGUCAAACCAUCAUCUUGUACUGGGAAGUAACUUGGCAUCUUAGGUCACUCACAGAUCAGGGGAGGAAGAAGGAGGAAGGAGCCUGGCCCUUACCUGGGAGACUGGAUGUGAAAGGCACACCCCGAAUUCCCGCGUGGGAGACGAUGUGCAGCCGCCCUGUGCCCCAGGCAGCAACAAAAUCUCUCCUUUGAGCCGGGGCACACAGCUCUGUUCUCUCACUGACUGUGGAGACAACCUUCCUGCCCCCCAAAGAACUCAGCUGCCCCCCAAAGAACUCACCUGUCCCCACAGAGCCCACCUGCCCCCAAAGAACUCAUCUGCCCCCCAAAGAACUCACCUGUCCCCACAGAGCCCGCCUGCCCCCCAAAGAACUCACCUGCCCCCCAAAGAACUCACCUGUCCCCACAGAGCCCGCCUGCUCUCCCCCACUGCCUCCUCCCAGCGCCACUCCUGCACUGCGGUGGGCAAAGGAACGCUUCUGAUCUCCCAGACUUUGGAUGGAGCCCAGGCAGGAAUACUGGCAAGUGAGGACAGGUUUAGCACCAGGCACGGGCUGCAGACUAAGACUAAGUCUUUGAAGACUAAGGGCGUUUCACAAGCUGCCCUGUCCCACCGGUGCUCAGCAGUAAUCCCCACCCCAGUUCCAGGGACUGCUCCUAAACUGCUCCCCUGAGGUGAUACCAGAGCACUCCCAGAGCUCGGCUCUUCCCAAUCCCUGCUGAGCAGGUACAUUGGAGACCUUGCCCAGCUGUGCUGUGAUGUCAGGUUUCUGCACUGCAGCAGGACUAAUGUUUCUGGGGUCCCUGAUGGGAUGGGGCACGGGCCAGCAGCAGGUCCCAAAGGCUGCUCUGAGCAGUGCUGGGAGAGCAGGAGGGACCCAGAGCAGGCAGGGGUGUGGGUGCUGUGCUGGGGGCUGUGCUGGAGCCAGCCCUGCCUCGGGAGGCCACAUGGAGCCUCCACAGGCAGCAAAGCAAAAGCACCUCUUGCCCUUCUGCCCAUCCCUGGUAUUUUGUUAUUUGCCCUGGUAAUAAGGGCUGAGUUAAUGUGCUUGGUCCUUGAUUGAUGUUUCACUCCCCCAGCAGCCCACACUGGCUGAUGAUGCCCAGUUCAGUAGUGCCAAAUUGUAGAAGUAGAGAGCAGCUGUCACUUAACCAGACAUGAGAGGGAAAUUAAAAUAGUAAUAACCCCCCCACAAGCCACAGGCUGAGCUCUGCAGGAGCCAGGUCUGGUUGUACAACACAAUAGUCUGUCACUUGAAGAGACUUCUCCAUGACAGGCCCAUAAAAGUCUUCUUGGCAGAUGAGAACAGACUAAUUGCUUUAUAAAAUCAGAUGAAUGGACCAUCUAAUGCAUCUGCUGGAGACAAACCCAAUUGCUUUAUGGGACACCGUAAGGGGCAAGCACAGGGAGGGUCCCCAUUAGUGGAAUUCCUGCUUAUUAAUUUACAGUUAAUGGGGCUUCAGAGCAUAAAGGUUUAUAUCCUCUAUAUCAUUCCCACAUGCUUUCAUUGCAUACAUCUGUAUCUGAUACGGGGUUCUGCAGCCUGUGGCACCUCGGUGGUCUCCUGUCUCCAGGAUUUCCACUCUGCAGGGACCUGCAGUUGCUGUUUGUAGCUGACAGCAGCUACAGGAAUUUUCAAAGCCUCAUUUUGACUGUUUCUUGCUGUUCCUACAGCACUGCAGAAGUAAUUUCCAUUUCAAACUCACACCUGGAGCCAAGCUGAACACCACAAUCAGUGUGAUUCCAGGGUGCCCAGACUGUGGGUACUGUUAGGAGAUAAUUUAUGAUACCUAACAAAAAUGAUGGCAGCAAGUUUCAGAGCAGCAGAUUUUGUUUCUAUUUUUGAGGCAAUGUUUUUUUUUGCAGCCACAUCCUGCCUCAGGCAGUUUUCCACAGGAAUUAAGUGAUCAAUUAAUCAAUAGCCUUAACCUUUUGCAGCUCCUUCUCUUUUCACAGCUUAUUUUGACCUUUUACUGGUGAUACAUGACAAACAUGUCAGAAUUCAGAAUACAAGGAGUGCCUGGAUCGUUUCCAUGAUGGAUUCACCACAGUUCCAUCAGUGGGGAGUUAGAGUAGGCUGUGUGGCUCUGGGCUAUUUUGGAGAGUUUAAUUUGCUUCUGAACUGUGAUACACUGCUUGCACCUUUCACAUUCAGGUUCAUAAACCAAGUCUCUCCUAAAGGGUGGAAAGGAAUCAAGUUUUAGUUUUUACCAUUACAGCUUUUCUUUCACAGUACAUUGUCAUUCCUGAACUCCUCUUCACAGUUCAAUUAUUUAACUGUUUGUCUCCAUUUCCCACCCUGCUCUGGAAUUAAAUGCACCAGUUGCUCGUGCUGACGAACAGUGACUGAUGCCGACUCUUCCCUCAUGGAGAUGGCAAUGGCUGCACUCCAAAUAAAGUCUUUAAUGCAGUGUCCCUUUCCUCUUUAUGUCCAUUUUUCUAUGGCAGGAUAUACAUUUUUCCCCCAUUAUUAGAUUUGACACACCCUGUGUUCUAUUUAACAGAAUUGCACUAACUUGCCUUACUUUGCCUUCCAUUCAGGAGAGAAUAUAAGUAUUUUGCUGUCUUGCAUGGCUUGCAGGGCAGGGUGUAGGGAGGUUCAUUCUCAGGAGAGCUGUUAUGAUUAACAGAGCUAAUAAAGACCAUGAAUAUUUAGCAAAAUAUUCAGGCAUCUCAGCUGUAAAUGGGAACAUCUCCACCACUUGACUAAUUCUCAGCUUCUUUGUGAAGCCAAGUUGCCAAUUUGUUUGUUUUGCCUUUGUUUCUCCUGGUCACUGUGAAGGAAGGAGGCAUUGAGAGGGAAGGUAGGACAAGUUUUCCUAUCUGCAGUGUUGAGCGUUGCUGACACAUUCUCUGCUCCCCCUCCCCGUACAAAGUGGGCACAGGAGCCUUUGCCCUGUUUCUUUUCUGUCUGUAUUGAUGUGUUUGUGUCCACACACACACUCUGGACUCCAAGCUGCCUUUUCUAAUGCCUUUCCAUGGCACAGGUGCCUCAGGGCAGGAGCACAGCCCUGUUGGUACCCGGGGCAGAGGCUGUGGGGCUGAUGCCUUGGGAAGACCCUCGGGACAGGACCAGGGUGAG